AUGCGCACCACGUGGUCAGACGACUCGAGGCUUGAAAAAGCGCACAGACCGACCUUCGCCGCAUGGCUGGACUCGCCAAAAUUUGGGAUGCGGCUGGCUUCUCUGAAGCUCUCCGUGCUUGACUGUCUGACAGUGCUCCUGGCUUUCCAUUUGUCCAGAGCCAUUAGACCUGUGUUUCUGAAAGAAGAGGGUCUCUUACAACGUCUUACAAGCAGCCUCUCAAAGGCUUUGGCGGCGCCUCCAAGUGCCAGGCAGCGCAGCCGCCAUUAUCCGCAGCUGGCUGGCUGCCGCCCUUCUGGCCCCAAAGGGCCCCUCAAAGCAAACCCCAAGCGAUACCGAUACAAAUCGGUAUGA